GAGGAUAGGGGUUGGAAACAAACCUUGAGCCGACGUCUAGUACUCCCUGGACUCCCGGCCGCGGUCGCCCUCCACUCCUCCGCGCGGCGUCUCCGUAGGUCAUCCGAGAGCUCCGCAGGGGUGUGGGGAGCCACACAAGAAUUAAAUUCUGAAUAAGUCUACAAGUAGAAUGGACAGUUAUUUUAAAGCAGCAGUCAGUGACUUGGACAGACUUCUCGAUGAUUUCGAACAGAAUCCAGAUGAACAAGAUUAUCUCCAAGAUGCACCAAAGGCAUAUGAUUCUAAGCACUGUUCAGUCUCUUCAGAGCUGACUGCCUCACAAGGAACUUCAUUGCUACCAAAGGAUCAACAGUGCAUUAAUUGUGUCUCAUCAGAAACAGGUUAUGAGACAAAUCAGAUUGCCCUGAGUGAAAAAAUACUUGAGGGACUAACUUCUUUACAAAAUGAAAAAAAUGUAACAGGGCUUGAUCUCCUUUCUUCUGUGGAUGGCGGCACUUCAGAUGAAAUCCAGCCUCUGUAUAUGGGACGGUGUAGUAAACCUGUCUGUGAUCUGAUAAGUGACAUGGGUAAUUUAGUUCAUGUAACUAAUAGUGAAGAAGAUAUUAAAAAAUUAUUGCCAGAUGACUCGAAGUCUAGUGCAGAUUCCUUGACGGGACUGGAUUUAUCUUCAGUGUCGGAAACUUUCUGUGUGUCUUCAGCAGACCAUGGUAGUAAUGCAGUCAGAGAGGAACAGAGUGAUGUCAGCUCUGAAUUACAAAACAGAGGAAUCAGUGGAACUACAGAAUUUGGUGUAAAAGUAGAUACAGCACUUUCAGAUUCAUGUACUUACAAUGAAAAAGAAAAUUUAGAGGAUAAAAAGAUCUCUAAUCAGUCAGAACCAGUUGUUGAUUUUAACAUGCCAUCUGCUUUGACUCAACAAAGUUCCACAGUGUUUGAUGCCAAAGACCACCCACAGCACAAGAACCAGCCAUGUGAAUUGGUAAAAGCUGCUGGGUGUUUGGUAAAAGAGGAGGAAGAGGUGCCAGUUAAAGCUGCCACAGAAUGUUUAAAAGAAGGAGCCAGCACAAGUGCUUUGUCUUGCAGUCUUCCAAAAAAUGGAGGUUUAUGCUUAAAUGAUUCAAACUUAAGAGAUGAAAAUUCCAAGUUACCUGACUUUUCCUUUGAGGAAGAUAGGACUGCGGUAUUUAUAAAAGAAUCUGCAAAAGAAGACUCAAGAAUUUUAGAUCUUAAUGAUAAUGAAGAUGUAAUCCAAGAUUCUGCUUCAGCUUUACAUGUUUCAAGUGAAAAUGCAUAUUCCUCAUUGUCCUGUCUUCCAGUACCUGGGUCUUUGUGUGGAUCUUUAAUUGCUAGUAAAGGUCAUGGUGAUUUUUUACCCCAGAAUGAAAAUAAAGACAAUGCACAGAAUGCAGUGACUGUACAUGAAGAAACACAGAAGGUUACUUCAGGUAGGGGAUCUUUGAAGGAGACUGAUCUUUUGAAACAGGAUAAAUGUAAAAACAUACUUCAUCAGCCAUUAACUGAAAAGAUGGGAGAUAGAAAGGUAGAUUCUAACCAGAUGGUAAUUAGAGUUGAAUCUAUGGAUUACCCUGAUAACAGCAGUUCUUAUACAGCUGCAGAAUCUCAAAUAGAGCUUUCUGGUGCUAGUGCCCCAGAAUCUCCUGAUCAUUGUGAAGGUCUCACUUUUUCAAGCAGUGAUAUUGAUGGACAAGACUUAGAUUACUUUAACAUUGAUGAAGGCAUGAAAAGUGGCACACCAAUUAGUGAUGCUGAACUUGAUGCCUUUCUCACUGAACAAUAUCUUCAGACGAGUAACAUAAAAUCAUUUGAAGAAAAUAUAAGUGAUGCAGAAUCUCAAAUGAAUCCGGUAGAUAUGAAAGGCCUAGAUGAUGGAAAUAUUGAUAAUAUAUAUUUUGAUGCUGAAGCAGGAGCUACUGGGGAAAGUCCUGGUAUUAAUAUGAUUUGUGAAACAAUUGAUAAACAGAAUACAGCUGAAAAUGGUAGCCUUUCUUUAGGCGAAAAAAGUACAGUUACAGUUGAACAAGGUUUAUCUAGCAGUAAGUCUGAGAUUACAAAUGAAUUAUCAGUCUCUGAUAGUAACAGUCAAUCUGUUCAUGUUGGAGGGGCCAGGCCUAAGCAAUUGCUUAGUGUUCCAUCAAGAACAAGGAGUUCAAACGAACCAAAUAAACUGGAUGUUCCAAAUAUGCCUGAGAGUAAACCCAGGACAGCAAAUACCAUUGUUCCAGCCACUUGUACUACAGAUUCUGUGACUGAUCCUCAGGUUAGCUUCGAUUCUAAUUACAUUGAUAUAGAAAGUAAUUUUGAAGGUGGGUCCAGUUUUGUAACUGCAAAUGAAGACUCUCUUCCUGCAAACACUUGCAAAGAUGGCCUUGUUUUGGGCCAGAAACAACCUACUUGGGUUCCUGAUUCAGAAGCUCCGAAUUGUAUGAACUGCAAAGUCAAAUUUACUUUUACGAAACGGAGACAUCAUUGCCGAGCAUGUGGAAAAGUAUUUUGCGGUGUCUGUUGUAAUAGGAAGUGUAAAUUACAGUAUCUAGAGAAGGAGGCAAGAGUAUGUGUAGUCUGCUAUGAGACUAUUAGUAAAGCUCAGGCAUUUGAAAGGAUGAUGAGUCCAACUGGUUCUAAUCUUAAAUCUAAUCAUUCUGAUGAGUGUGCCACCGUCCAGCCUCUUCAGGAGACUCAAACAUCAAGUAUACCUUCACCUACAACUUUACCAAUCUCAGCACUUAAACAACCAUGUGUUGAAGGAUUAUGCUCCAAAGAACAGAAGAGAGUAUGGUUUGCAGAUGGUAUAUUGCCCAAUGGUGAAGUUGCAGAUACAACAAAAUUAUCAUCUGGAAGUAAAAGAUGUUCUGAAGACUUUAGUCCUCUCUUACCCGAUAUGCCGUUGAUGGUAAACACAGUGGAUCAUGCCCAUUCUACUCCAGUGGAAAACCCAAACAGUGAGACAGAAGAUACAAUAAAUGAGAUAAUUCAAAGUCCUACUUCUCAGGUUCCACCUGUGGAAAAACUGCCCACAAACACAGGAACUGAGGGGUUCCCUACAUCUGCUUCUUUUACACUAGAUGAUGAUGUUUUUGCAGAAAUUGAGGAACCAUCAGGUCCCACUGAUGUCUUGGUUAACAGCAGUUUACCUGUUGCUUGUAGUUCAGAUUAUAGGCUAUUAUGUAGUAUUGAUGAUAAUGUUUGCAGUAAGGUUAGUCUUCUACCUGAUGAUGAGGACAGCUUGCCCCCUCUUCUGGUUACAUCUGGAGACAAGGGGUCAGUGCCUGUAGUAGAAGAACACCCAUCUCAUGAACAGAUCAUUUUGCUUCUUGAAGGCGAAGGUUCUUGUCCUGUUACAUUUGUCUUAAAUGCUAAUCUACUUGUGAAUGUCAAGUUAGCGUUUUAUUCCUCAGACAAAUACUGGUACUUCUCAACCAAUGGAUUGCAUGGCUUGGGACAGGCAGAAAUUAUUAUUCUAUUGUUAUGUUUGCCAAAUGAAGAUACUGUUCCUAAGGACAUCUUCAGACUGUUUAUCACCAUUUAUAAGGAUGCUCUGAAAGGAAAAUACAUAGAAAACUUGGACAGUAUUACCUUUACUGAGAGUUUUCUCAGCAGCAAGGAUCAUGGAGGAUUUUUAUUUAUUACACCUACUUUUCAGAAACUUGAUGAUCUCCUAUUACCAAGUAAUCCUUUUCUUUGUGGAAUUCUUAUCCAGAAGCUAGAGAUUCCCUGGGCAAAGGUUUUUCCUAUGCGUUUAAUGUUGAGAUUGGGUGCAGAAUAUAAAGCGUAUCCUGCUCCUUUAACAAGCAUCAGAGGCCGAAAACCUCUUUUCGGAGAAAUAGGACACACUAUUAUGAACUUACUUGUUGACCUUCGAAAUUACCAGUAUACCUUGCAUAAUAUAGAUCAGUUGUUGAUUCAUAUGGAAAUGGGGAAGAGCUGCAUAAAAAUACCUCGGAAAAAAUACAGUGAUGUAAUAAAAGUAAUAAAUUCUUCUAAUGAGCAUGUCAUUAGCAUUGGAGCUAGUUUUAGUACAGAAGCAGAUUCUCAUCUGGUCUGUAUACAGAAUGAUGGGGUUUAUCAGACACAGGCCAACAGUGCUACUGGCCAUCCUAGAAAAGUGACAGGUGCAAGUUUUGUGGUAUUCAACGGAGCUCUAAAAGCAUCUUCAGGAUUUCUUGCUAAGUCCAGCAUAGUUGAAGAUGGCUUAAUGGUACAAAUAACUCCAGAGACUAUGGAUGGCUUGCGGCUAGCUCUGCGAGAACAAAAAGACUUUAAAAUUACAUGUGGGAAAGCUGAUGCUGUAGACAUGAGAGAAUAUGUGGACAUCUGCUGGGUAGAUUCUGAAGAAAAAGGAAACAAAGGUGUUAUUAGUUCAGUGGAUGGAAUGUCAUUACAGGGAUUUCCAAGUGAAAAAAUAAAACUGGAAGCAGAUUUUGAAACUGAUGAGAAGAUUGUAAAGUGUACUGAGGUGUUCUACUUUCUAAAGGACCAGGAUUUAUCUGUUUCAGCAACUCGUUACCAGUUUGCAAAAGAAAUCGCCAUGGCUUGCAGUGCCGCACUGUGCCCUCACUUGAAAAUUCUAAAGAGUAAUGGAAUGAAUAAAAUUGGCCUCAGAGUUUCCAUGGACACCGAUAUGGUUGAAUUUCAGGCAGGAUCUGAAGGCCGACUUCUUCCUCAGCAUUAUCUAAAUGAUCUUGAUAGUGCUCUAAUCCCUGUGAUACAUGGUGGGACCUCCAACUCUACUAGUCUACCAUUAGAAAUAGAAUUAGUAUUUUUUAUUAUAGAAAAUCUUUUUGAGUGAAAGAACUGAGUUGUAUUAUAUAUUACAAAUUGAUUUGUUAAAACUAACUCCAGCACUAAGGCUGAAAUGCCACAAACACUAAAAGAAAAUAUGUUUGAUGUUUGAAACUUGUAAGCUUUGCUUUUUAGGCAGGAAUGAUCUUUUAAAAAUCAUUAGCUCAAUAUUUAAAUCUCAAAAAAAUGGAAGAGAUCCACAGUUUUUGAAGCUUUACACUUUAUAAGUACUGGAAAAGCAAGGAUUUCUUUUGUCCUUAAGAAAUUUGUAGCAUUUACUGUGGUGUUUAAAUGCUAAAGCCAAAGUAUCUGCACUUUUAUGCCAGGAAGGAUUUUAGUGAAGGCUCCUUUCAGAUGCAACCUUAUGAGGGAAAUACCUGUUUUGUUUAUAUGCCAGUUAAAUUACUGGUUUCUAAAGUCUGUUAAAAAUGUAUUUCAAUGGCACAGACCAGUUUCCAGAUCUUACACUUAUAUGAUAAUUCUUUGAAUAAGGCAGAUUAGCCUUAUUUGUUUAAGUGGAGUGGAGACCUACCUCCAUGAUUAGAUAAACAGAUUAUUUGCAUUAAAAUCAGAAUUUUGCUUAAGUGGAGUGGAGACCUACCUCCAUGGUUAGAUAAACAGAUUAUUUGCAUUAAAAUCAGAAUUUUGCCUUUUUUCUUUUCAAAUUAUUAUUUUAUAUAUAUAUACGACUUUCUGUUGAUUAAAUGGGUAUUCUUAAAAUAAUUGUGGGUGCUUCAGGAUUUUGUGCUUCUAUAUUUAAGUAUAUUGUUUUUAUAGCAAGAACAUGUGAUUUGGUAUGUGUUUUAUAAAUCUUUAAUAAUUUAUAAAUAGGUGAUAUUUUUGUAUUGCAGUGCAUUAUUUUUCCUCCUUUCCUCCCAAAGUAUACCACUGUAUAUACCACUUCUGAGAGUGAUUGACGACAGGCCAGAUGACCCUUGAAGUAGUCAUUAUGUAGCAAUAAAUGAAGCCUGAAACAGGUGUUUUUUUAACUUAUCCUUGAAACCUUAUAAGUUUCUUGGCAAGUCUGCAUAUUUUCAUUGACACCAAUGUAUUAAAUAUAAAUUUAAAUGGAACUACUUACUUUUGCAUACUUUAAAUUCUUUAUAUGGUAAUUAUUUUUUAUAACAGGAUACUAACAUAAGUUAAAGUCUGUGUAUUUGAAACUGUUACAUAACUUUCUUUACUUCAAAUAGCAAAAAAAUUUUUAAGUUCAUUGUGUUAAAAAAAUCAUAUUUUAGUUAAGCCUGUCAUUUAAGUUAUAUAAAAUAUAAUCAUUAUUUUAAUGUUUUUUUAAAAAAUUCUUAUGUGGAAUAUAUAUGUUUUUGUAUCAAAAACACUCCUGUGUCUCAUGAAAAAGAAGCUACACUAAAUAGCCCUGUUUUAAGAAAAGUAUCUAUGAAGCAUCUCAACUUGAAGACAAAGUCAGGGUUGUAAUAACUCAGGAUCUUAGGUCUCAGGCUAGGAAAGACAGAAUUUGAAUCAGUUUGGUCAUAUGGUUCCUACUAAAUCACAUCUGUAGUACUAGCCAAAGACAUGGCGUGAAGGAAAAUAUCAGUCUUCUGGAAGUAACUACUUCAUAAAAAAUGUAAAAUGUUGCAGAUAUUAAAUAAAAUAGCAACAUGUAAUAACUUGUGAAAUUUGUUGACAUCAUAUAAGAUAAAAACAAAUGCAUAUCAAACUCAAUUUGUUUUCUUUAUAUAUUUGUUGUUUAUUUUACAGUAUAAGUUAACUCUACAGUCUAUGAAUACUGAAUUUACUUUAAAAUAACCGGAAGGUAGAGGGUUCUUCCCAUGAUGGGAUAGCUUUGGAUUUGUUUCCAUAAAGUCUUUACAUUUAAUAAAAAUUGGAGUUACUGUAUCUUUGGAGGCACUAAGGUAUUCUUUGUAGAUUAAUGUUUCUGAAUGCAUUUGUCAUGUUCUUCAUUGAUACUUAAUUUGAAAUUUUAAUUUUCUUAAAGAUGAAGAAAUAGAAUGGUUCUUUGUACUCAAUCUGCAAUGAUCUAUUUUUGGUCUCUUGCCUUUUAAGAGUACCGUUUUUCUCUGAAUUUUGAAAAACGAAGUAGAAUUUAGCCCAUUUGUUUUUUGCAGCCAUCUGGCAGACUUUCUGUAUCUAUAUGCUUGCUAUACACAGAGCACUUUAUUAAGCUUCAUUGAUUGAAAGAUGAGUAAACUAGUUCUUUCCCUCUUGGAGAUGAAUGUGUAAAGCAGAUAAUCAACAAAGAAAAAGUAAUUUGCUAAAACAGUAAUAUGACUUUUGAGUAGCUAGUUGGAAAACAAUCCAGGAGGAUAGCUGUACAAAAAAUGAGAAGGCAUGGGCAUUAAACUUGCCUUGGCAAGAGUUGAACAUCUGAAGAGUAGAUAAUAUGUCAAAACAUUGAAUUUUCCCUCUUAAGGCAAUUUAAAGAGUCUUCUGUAUUGUGUGAAUAUCUUACCUUAUAAUUUAAUCAUAAAAGAAGUAGCCUGACUAUGGUGUUUCAACAGCCUAGAUUUAAAUAUUGUUUUAUAAGAAUACAACUUUUUUUAAUAGCAAGCAUAACUUUGAUAACUUGACUCAAAUUUUAAAAGAAAAUAUCUUGAAAUAAACCAGAAACCUCUGAACAAUCCUAGGUUUUAAUUCUUUUGUGGUUAAAAUAAUGGUUCAUAUAUAAUAUAUAAACAUUAAAGUCAGAAAUGUUAAAAACUUAUCAAUAUAAGUUUUCCUGCCGACCUUGUAUGCAUCUAUCGUCUCACUCUGUAACCUCAAGAAGUGAUUUUUAUUAUUGUGUAUCUUUCCAAGGUUUAGGUACAGUAGAAGCAAAUAGGAAUAUAUAUUUUUAUUUUUUCCUCUCAUUUUUUAUACAAAAUAUAGUGUGCUGUUUACAGUGUCAUCUCCUCAAUUACUUUUGAUUUAUGUGGCUUCUACUUAGAAUCUUAAAAGUUUCACUGCUUCUCAAACCACUAUUUGAUUGAUAAAAGCAAUCUUAAUUGUGGAAAGGCAAGAAGAAUAUCCAUCAUUGGGAUUAUGACCAUAUGUUUCAGUUAGGAG